AUGCACUCCCUUCAUCCGAGCCCGGCGCGGCCCCUUGGUCCCCGCAACAUUCAGCGAGCGGCGUCGCCCUCCCAGUUCGCCCUCCCCGAGGUCGCUCCCCUCAACAUACGCAAGCCCAAGCUCAAGCUGCCACAGAUCGACUUCGACAAAGUUGAGGGCGGUGCCUUCAACGGAGGGUACCUUGGCGGCUCUCAAACUGUUUCACUUUCGUCGCAUGCGGGCACGAAUACCGACUCGCCCGGCGAGCGCACCGUCCGGCCUGACCAGACCAUCUCUCCGCAGGCCCGCCCGCCAAGCGGCAUCGUCUCCAUAGAGAACAUCCGCCGAACGGUCGAAGAAUUCGAGCACUACACUGAUGACAACUUCGAGGAGCUCAGCCGCCUCGGUGAGGGCGCAGGCGGUGCCGUGUACAAAGUCCGCGACAAACGCACGGGCAAGAUCAUGGCCCGCAAGACAAUCACCACGCUCGAGGCUCCCAUGAAACAGCUCAUUCGCGAGAUCAAGAUCACAUCCACCACAUCUCACUUCAACAUCAUUCAUUUCUAUGGCGCGUACAUCUCGCCGUCCUCCAGCGAGGUCAAGGUCCUCAUGGAGUUCUGCGAGGGCGGCAGCCUCGAGUCUGUCGGCAAACGUAUGAAAGAGAUUGGUGGACGCGUGGGUGAGAAGGUUGCAGGGCGGCUUGCUGAGGGGAUCCUGCAGGGCCUCGCGUAUCUUCACAAGCAAAAAACCAUCCACCGCGACAUCAAGCCGCCGAACAUCCUCCUCUCACGCGAUGGCGUCGUCAAGCUGGCCGACUUUGGCGUUUCGGGUGAACUUGUCAACUCGAUCGCCGGCACGUUCACUGGCACAAGCCUCUACAUGGCCCCGGAGCGAAUGCAGGGCGCAGAAUAUACAAUAAGAUCGGACGUCUGGUCUACGGGCAUCUCCUUGCUCGAGCUGGUCCAGAACCGCUUCCCUUUCCCCACUGAUCUCGCCGCGAUCGAACUCAUGAUGUACAUUACUCAGUAUGAGCCGCCUGAAUUAGAGGAUGAGGAAGAUAUCACCUGGAGCGCCGAGAUGAAGGACUUCGUUCGGGCAGCGCUGACGCGAAAUCCUACGCUGCGCCCGACGCCGAGCCAACUGCUCGACCACCCAUGGAUCAAGAACGUCAUGCAGCACGAGGUCAACAUGGCAUCGUGGAUACGCAAGGUGUGGGGUUGGCGAAAAAGCAGGAAGUCGGGCGACACGUGA